GUAGUAUUCAAAAGCAACUCUCAAAACAACAGCACAAGACUACUGUUUGACGAUUUAUCCAUAAACCUUAUAAGAUGCCGUCCUACCUUGUCACUGGCGCCAAUCGCGGCUUAGGGUAUGGUUUCGUUCAGUACCUGGCUAAAGACCCGUCCAACACCAUCAUUGGUCUCGUCCGCAACAAAGCCUCUGCCGACAAGACUAUUGCUGCUGAUGGCCUCAAGAAUGUCACCAUGCUCCAAGCCGAUAUCUCGGACCGCAAGUCUCUGCUCGCAGCACGAGAAGAAGUGCACAAAAUCGCUGGCGGCUCUCUUGACUAUCUGAUCAACAAUGCUGCAUAUAUCGAUCGCAACACCGAAGCGAACGCUCUCGAUGAGUAUGAGGAAACAGAUCCAGACAUGAUGGAACGCGAACUCAAAGCGUCUUUUGAUGUGAACGUCGUGGGCGUCAUCAACACUAUCAACAUCUUCUUGCCCCUCAUCAAGAAAGGUGCCACAAAAAAGGUGGUUGUUAUCAGCACAGGCAUGGCAGAUCCGGAUCUGGUCAAUGGAGGUGGGGUUAGCAAUGCAGGCCCCUACGCCAUCAGCAAGGCUGCAGUUAACAUGGCUGUGUGCAAAUACAAUGCCAAGUACAAGGUCCAAGGUAUCCUCUUCUUUGCUCUUUCACCCGGUGUCGUGGCCACAUGGGAGGGAGAGGAACCGCUCGUACUUCAGGGUUUCAGGCAAAUGGUACCGGGAUGGAGUGGACCACUGCAACCAUUGGAAUCAGCAGAGAUGUGUGUGAAAGUCAUUCACGAUUUCAGUCUUGAGAAUGGCAAUGGUGGCUCAUUUGUCUCUCAUUACGGAAACAAAGAGUGGUUGUAAGGGACCAGUUGUGGACGGCCUUCGCUGAGACGUGGUGACAGUCUGGUCUGAGCAUGCGAUGUGCUUCAUAGAUCGAUAUAGUGUCAGAAAGUACC